UGUGUGUGUUCUUCAGUUCUGUGCAUUUAAAGAGGUGAGUGUUACCGGGGAGACGCGCGUGCAGCAGGAUGCGGAGUAUCCGGUAACUCGCUUGUAGCCUUUCCAAAAGAUGCGAGCGGCUUCACGAUAUCCCCGUGUUACCUCGAAGUUCACCAAGUAAGACGCUGUCCUAUGCGAAUCUUUACAUUGACCGAAAACCAGUGUAAAGUUUCAAUAUUCUUAAAAGAAAAUAGACAAGAUUCUUGAGAUCGUGCGCGUGGAUAGCAUGAUGACUGCCGACUUUUUCACGCUUUUGUAAACCCGUCAAGCAGUUCUGAGACAGUAUGGCCUCCGAAUCAGACUCAUGGGUUUAUACCUGCAGAAAUACUGAUUAUACUACAGGCACCAUACCAGAAUGACACCGUUGUGGAACCAGCGACCAGGGCGAGAGCCACCAAGACCUCGAUGGGGACGAGAUCAAAGGAUUAAACUGCCCAAAUGCCCAAAUGCUCCCCCCCGGCAACCUCUGCCCUCUUACCUACCCAGAUUAAGAACCCGAAGGCCCCCCACAGACUUUGGGCCUUUAGAAAGCUCAGUGAUGGGGGGGUUUCACUGGGAGGAAACUGGAGUACCAAAGGCGAGUGGCUACCAUGCCAGGCAUGCAGAAUCAAGCCCAGUGCGCCCACGAAUCGUGACCGUGGUACGGCCGUGCGAACAGGACAAUGUGCGUAAAAUCUCACUGCUAUUAAACCGCCGUGCUGUGCAGAAUUUUGAGCAGCUACUGGCGGAUGUUUCUGAAGCACUCGGCUUCCCUUGCUGGAACAACGCUCGGAUACGGCGCCUCUUCAGCCCUGCUGGCCGAGAGAUCCAUAGUCUUGCAGACUUCUUCCGCUUUGAUCAUGCAUUCCUGGCCUUUGGAAACAGCCGACCGUCACUUGAUGAGGUUCAUGGAGCACUGGAUGAGUUAUAUCCUGAAAACCCUGCCUACUGUGAACAUCUCUUGAGGAUAUGGGAGCGUAUCCUGAGACCCAAGGCCACCAAGGCAGAUAGUGGUUUCCAUGAUGAUGACCCUGGAGCUGAGUUAUCUCUACCUGCUGUAGCUGAUCAACUGGUAAACCAACUGGCAGCCAACAACUUGCAGCCUGUCAGAGUGCAAGAAAGGCAUAGAGAAAAGGCUAAGAGAGAGAGGCAAAGAGGAGAAAGAGAGCUGUGGAGGAGGAAAGGUGAGCUGCAGAAGGAAGACGAGAAGGAGCCAAAGAAGGACGAGAGAAAGAGAGAACCUGUUUACUGCAGGAGCUGUCGAGGAUGUGGCCCACUUUUACCUCCAAUCAAAAGCAAAAUAUGUUCUCAAUCAGACAGGCCAAAUAAGCACAGUAAUGAAAGUACUACUUCUCAGAACAUCAGGACUCCUUCAGAAAACUCACCAUAUAGACCGAAGAAAGAAGACAAGCAUGUUGCCAAUCAAAACUCUAGCCCAAUUGUCCAUCAAAACCAGUAUAACACUCACAAAAUAGAGACACUAAUUGAGACACCAUCUCUACAGGACAUUAAUAAACAGGAAGCAGCAGAUCAGAAGGACUUGCGGGGUAAUCUACCACCUGAUGGUGCUGAAGUGUCUCUGGAGGACAUUGAGCGUUGCUACAACAUGGGCCGUGUGGUAGGAGAUGGGAACUUUGCGGUGGUGAGGGAGUGCCGUGUUCGUGGCCUGACUGAGUCUUUUGCUAUGAAGAUAGUGGACAAUGCUAAGCUGCAGGGACGCGGUCACAUGAUCCAGAAUGAGAUUGCUCUGCUAUGCAGUCUGGAACAUCCUCGCCUCAUCCAGCUGUUUCGUUCGCAUCACACAGACACACAUGUUUACCUGCUGAUGGAGCUGGUUAAUGGUGGAGACCUAUUUGAUGCUAUCUCUCAGAGCGGUAGGUUUAGUGAGCCAAGUGCUGCUUGCAUGAUCAGGGACAUCAGCCAGGCUCUGGAAUAUAUCCACAACAAGUGCAUUGCACACAGAGACAUCAAACCUGAAAACCUAUUGGUCCAGCGCCAUGGCAAUGGCAGUAUGAAUCUGAAGUUGGCUGAUUUUGGAUUAGCCAUGGUAAUAACAGAGCCAGUGUUUACAGUUUGUGGCACACCUACAUAUGUUGCUCCAGAGAUACUUGCUGAGACAGGUUAUGGCAUUGCAGUAGACGUCUGGGCAAUGGGUGUUAUCCUGUUUGUGCUGCUGAGUGGGUUUCCCCCAUUCUGCAGUCCAGAUCGUAAUCAAGAGGAACUGUUCCGUCUCAUCCAGAGGGGAGAGGUCCACUUUCUGUCCCCUUACUGGGACAAUGUGUCUGAGGGUGAGACAUUUAAGAAAUAUUCUCUUCAAAUCUAUUGUAAUGUAGGUGCUGUAACCUAUAAUUAUGAAAAAUGUAUGUAUCUGUUUGUCACAGGGGCUAAAGCCCUAGUCAGGGCUCUGCUGGAGGUAGACCCUACAAGGCGCUUGACAGCUAGUCAAACUCUGCAACAUGACUGGCUUCUUCAUGUAACAUCGCAAAAGGACCAUAAGGGAGUGACAAAGGCUACUGACUCAAAAACUGAGAGGCACAAUCAGCAGAACCUAAGUAGCCCAGAGGAAAGUGGCAUCAAGGAUACUCACAAACCAGAAAUGAUGACAGAGAAAUAUACUGCAGUACAAAUCAACGAGACCAAAAUGAACAAUAAAUGUGAACCAGAUAUUAAUGCACAAGACAGAGACCAGCAGACUCAAGAGAGCCAUAAAAUGACAAGUGACAAACAAAAUUCUUCCCAUAACGAAGACAACACCACGACCAGGCAAUAUCCCACAGAUCAGCCCAGACCUGAGAGACCAGCACAGCGAGAAGAAACUGACACAAAAUAAGAGUGACCUGCUAAAUAAUGAGUGAGCAAGAGAAGUGAUCUGCUGAGUAAUGAGUUAGCAAGAAGGGUAGGAAGAUCGAAGACACCAGCAUAAACAAGAUAUACUAGAAGAUACUAUAAAGACAUAUGUGAAAUAUGAAAAGACAAUUGUACUUCAGAACUUUACAAAUAAGACACUUAGUGCUUCUUGCUCUCUGAAACCUUCACAGAAACACCACAGCACUGAUACAGACUGAGACUGCACUGUUUUUGACCUGAUCGCUAAUGAAAUGAUCCAAUGCAUGUCAGGCCUCCAAUUAAGUAAUUACUAUCAAGAGAAAUAAAAUAGCAGUUUUAGGCCACAUUCACACUAAGCCAUUUUCAGUUGAAAACUCCAUUUUCAGUUUCCUCACGUUAUCGUUUUCCAAAGCAUACGGUAAUGGAAUUUUCGGUGGAGAAAAACACUGUUCUAGUGUGGAUGCGAGGAGUAAACUUAGUGAAAUUAAUGCAUUUUUGAAUGAAAACGUAUUAGUGUGGACAUGGCCUUACUCAGAUGAAGGAGGGUGAUUAAUUUGCGUACAAUUAUUCAGCACUUUUUUCUUUGCCUUUUUUAAAGACUACAAAAAACAAAACAAAAACAAAAAACAUUUAAGGAGGAACCAGUUCAGUUCUAAGAAGGAUCAAAAUAUAUCAGUUAGACUCGGCCUCUGAAACUUGAGUGCCAACGUGCAGAAAGUUAGCCAGUCAGAUUUGUUAAAUGGGUAGACUAGAUAUUAAUAUGAUAACAGUAUUCUGUAUCAUUUGUCUUCCUGUGUUUCAUAUUUUGUGUACUGUAAUUACACUGCACGUCUUUAAAUUAGUUUGUCUUUUUCAUUUGUCACCUGUUUUUGUUAAAGCUGUUUUCCAAUUUGGAGGCCUCUUUCAGACUUCAGUUCUGUGUAAAUGUUUUACACUUUAGGACAACACAAUUACAUCUGAUUAGUUGUUUGGGUACACGUUUCUGUAAAUUCUGAUAAAUGUGAGUAAAAUAUGCAGGUUUUAUGAUUAUUUUCAUCUGUUGACCCAUUUAUGUCUUUGCUCUGCAAUUAAAACCUAAGAUGUAGGGUAGACUGAGUACAGUUGUAACACUUUUUGCUAUACUGCACAAAUACUGACCAGAAUAAACGGAUUUUUUUCACUUUAUCUGUCUGUUAACAAAAUAAAUGUCAAAAACUUACAUAUACACAUUAUUGUUCCCAUUUUCCACAAUCAGUAUGUGAAGACAAGGGGUGCAUUUGCUACAACUUUCCUCAUGCCGGGAACAGUUGUAGCACUACCCCAGGACACUCAUUUUUAAUGUGCUAAGGCAUUAGGCCUUGCUUAAGUGAAAUAUACUGACACAUUUUUUACUGUUUGAUUGUUUUCAAAUGUUUCUAAUGCUUGCAAAUGUCUAAUUUCUAUCACAGCAGCUGGAAAUACUCUCUUGGUUUUCCUUACCCUGAUCCGAGUCAUCCUGUGACAUGCGCACACACAUGCAAACAA